GAGAAAACGCCUUUCAAGGUUUGCCUGAGGGAUCUUGGGCCCCCAUCGUACGCUCUCCUUUCUGGGAGGAGAUCUCUGCCCACACCGAGCCGUCUUCAGCCCGCCUGUUCCUCCAGAAGCUCUGGAAUAUCGUCGGCAGCCAUCGCUUCCAGUCAAUCUGGUGGGGCGAUGAUGGAAACUGCAUCGUGAUCGCAGAAAAACUCUUCAGAAAGGAAGUGCUGGGGAGGAGGGGACCCCUGAAGAUCUUUGAAACCGAGUCCAUGAGAGGCUUCAUUCUCCAACUUAACCUCCACGGCUUCUGCAGGAUGGAAGGGGAUUCUCUCGUAUCUGCCUCCAUCGAGGAGCUGCAAGCAGUCGCAGCAGCAGGUUCUGCUCUGGGCAAGCUGCUCUUCUACUACAACCCCUUUUUUCAGAGAGAUUACCCCAACCUCCUCAGGAUGUGCACGCAAAGUGCUGGUGAAAGAGAGCGAGCCCCGGCUGCAUCCCCGCUGGGCCCCAAGAUGGAGAAAGACCACCUGAGAAGAAGACGACCUGAUGCUCAGCCGGCGGUGGGAGCUGCGGUGGAGGAGAACGACACCCAGACAGCUGCAAGCCCCAGCUCCACACCGACCGAGCCACGGGCUGACACGACCGCCCGGACGGGCG